CUUGGAAGCAUUCAUUCCUCUCUAGAAUCUCCGAGAAUCAUCCCAUCAUCAUAUUUUCGUUCCUGUGUUAUUACUUUUCUAUUUUGCUACUAAUGUUGAUCUUUCGUGUCUAGUUUGCUAUUCUCUGUUCUCCAUCCAUUCUUUUAGUUGUGUUUCGAAUUGCUGUCGCCCAGACCACAAGCCUGCGCAACAUUUCCCUACCAGUGCUCUCUCUACCCGCCCGCGUAGGCUGAAUCAAAAACGCAAUAAUACCUCGCCAUUGAACCCUCGCCUGACCUUCAUUUGAGGACCCGCGAACAAAACAACAGAUAGAGCGGCUGGGACGACGCCCAUACCCGCAAAUUUAACGCUUUCACGGCAUUCUCCGCACGUUCUCCCGGCCUGGCUCACGUCCAAAUCGCAGCCGUCCCAUGCUAUGCGGCAAGCAGCAUCAUGGGUUGGCACGCCCUCUAUCAAGGGCGGGACGGAGGCCAUACGAAUGGCAUUGUUGACAUUUAGCCUCGUCGGCCUACAAUUUACUUGGGGCGUUGAAAUGACAUACUGCACGCCGUAUCUCCUCCAACUCGGCCUGACGAAAUCGAGAACCUCGCUGGUAUGGAUCGCCGGCCCGUUGUCGGGAUUGAUAAUGCAACCCCUGGUCGGGGUAAUCACGGACCGGUCUACCUCGAAAUGGGGCCGUAGGCGCCCGUUCAUGAUAGUUGGCUCUUUUAUCGUUGGGUUUUUCUUGCUAGUUUUGGGUUGGACGUCAGAAAUAGUAGGCAUAUUCAUCUCCGAUGAGGAUACGGUAUGUGUGGGAUCCUUGUUGAGGGAUUUGAGAGGGUUGGUGGUCGGAUCGGGGGUGGUUCGGGAAAGAGAUCCUUGGGUUACGUUAAAGGCUUGGUUGAGCGAAGAAAUAAGGGAGAAUGGUUGUGAUAAAACUGGCAUAUCAGGUAUUGUGUACUAACUCGAAACAGAAAAAAAGCGUUACGAUUGCGGUUGCGGUAUUCGGCAUAUAUGCUGCCGAUUUUGCGAUUAAUAUCGUUCAAGCGUCUUGUCGUAGCUUGAUAGUUGACACGCUGCCAAUUCCUCAGCAACAGCUUGGGUCAGCAUGGGCAAGCCGGAUGACCGCUGUCGGCCACCUUGCGGGCUACGCAAUUGGUUCAGUCGAUAUGCUGAGCAUAUUCGGCCGUGCAUUCGGCGAUACACAGUUUAAGCAGAUGACUAUGAUUGCUGCCACUUUUUUGAUUGUCUCCGUAUCCGUGACCUCGUAUGCGGUGAAGGAGAGGGUGUUGAUUUCAGUUAGGGAUUCGGAUAAGAAGAUAGGGGCAGUCAAGAUACUCGCCCAAUUAUUCAGAACGACAGUCAACCUGCCACCACGGAUACAGGCUAUAUGCUGGGCCCAAUUCUGGGCAUGGAUCGGCUGGUUUCCUUUUCUCUUCUACAGCAGCACAUGGGUAGGUGAGACGUACUUCCGCUACGAGGCACCCAAAGAAGCUGCCGAGAAGUCCUCAGAUACGCUAGGGGAUGUCGGUCGCCUUGGUAGCAUGUCACUCGUGAUAUUUUCCUUGGUCACUUUCAUCAGUUCAGUUGUCCUCCCCUUUGGCGUUCUUUCCCCGGACACCAAGAAAUCCGCCUUCGUCCGCCGUCCUCCCUUGGGCCUAAUCAGGCUUUUUAACAAACUCCACUUCACCCGACCCGACCUGCAAACCGCAUGGAUGAUCUCACAUAUUGUGUUUGCUUUGACAAUGAUAUUCGCUCCCACAGCCCGUUCCGUGCGGUUCGCCACACUACUCGUAGCAAUUUGCGGAGUCCCCUGGGCAGUCACCUGCUGGGCUCCAUUUGCCUUCAUUGGUGUGGAAAUAAACCGCCUUGCGAUACCGUCCUUCACAAGAAAAUCAAGCGUCACCAUGAUAACAUCCGCCACUUUCAACAGACACAACUCUGACCUAAGCAACUACGAUGUCGAACUCGAAGACCGUGGGCCUUCUAUCCUCCGUCUAAAUCACAGCAAUAGUCCAGAUGUGGACAGCGACAGCGAAGCCGACGACGAUGAUGAGGUCUCUUCCACCGGUGAGCUGGCUGGUAUCUAUCUAGGCGUGCUUAAUGUAUAUACCACCCUCCCUCAGUUCGUCGGGACGCUCGUUUCGUGGAUUGUAUUCAGCAUCCUUGAACCGGACACUUCCCCGAUAGCAACGGAUGGGGAUCUCAAGGACGUACCUUCUGGCGAGCAGGACGACGGCAAGUGGAUAAAUCGGCACGGUGAGGGCCCUAAUGCCAUUGCGGUUUGUCUUUUUGUUGGUGCUAUAUGUUCAUUAGUUGCUGCAGAAGCUACGCGAAGGUUUAAGUAUGCGAGGUGAUGUAGAGGGAGAUUGGCUUUGAAAAAUCUAAUGGCUUUUUAAUUAUUGUUUUGGUUUAGUUGCCUCUAUGUUCAUAACUAGGGUUAUAGGGCCGUUUUCAGUCCAGGGGCAGCCGGCUGGUUUGGCCUCCUUCAAGCAGCUGUCCAUGUUUGAACUAGCGGAUUUUCCGAUUCUAAAAUGGGGGAUUUUGUGGUGUGCCUAAUGUGAACAGGCGUUAUUUCAUCUCUAUGCCUCUUCCCGCCCCUUUCACAUCUCCCUUUUGCUGUCUCAUUCUAAAGAUUCAUCAUGUAUUUGGACUCGUUGCAGGUCAGAGAAUUUAUCCAUUUUGUUAUACUGUGGUAAAUUUGCUUACAUUACCACUAGCAGUCCGUCCAACUAUGAAUCGUCCAUCAAACCAAUCAUGUUACGAUACAAGUAGAUAUUAGAGAAGUGGGAAUAAAUACAUGAGAAACCAUUUAUCCAGGCCUCCUCUUCACAAAAUUCUCCAAAUCCUGCCUCGUCGCCACGCCCAACACAAACUUGCGACUCGCAUCAGUCACUACGGCAAAAUCCUGCUUCUCUCUCCUCUCUACACUGCCAUCUUCUCUCACCAGCUCGCCAUCGAAGAAUCUCUCCAGCUCCUCCAGAGGAGUGUGCAUGGUGAUAAUCUUAUACACAUGCCCGCGCCUCCGGAAACGCAACAUGGCCUUCUCCACGGGAUCGGAUUCUCUGACGGUGCCUUCUUUCAGCUGCGCUCUUAACCUCGGGAUGCUGAGGUAACCUAGUAGCGAGCGCGAGGAGGAGGAUAUUACGGUUAGGUGGGUAUAGUCGCGUUCGUAGGCGGCCAGGAGGGCGCUGGAUAUUUGAUCGUGGGGGGAAGUUGAAAGGGCGGCAGGUGGGUCGAGGUCUUCAACUGUGGCCUGUUUGGUUUUUCGAAGAACAAUUUACGUUGUUAUUAGCAUAUUUCAUAGCAAUAAUAGUCGUGUUUUUGU